CAUUUUAAAAAAAAUAAAGCAUGUGCAGUGAUUUUCCACUCUUGACGUACCAUUGUGUAACGAGAGGGUCUCUUUUACGUUUGCCGUUGCGUAAUUAUUGACGAUCGAAGUUUGACGCUGAUGUGAACUCUGUGCUGGAGUCCAUACAGGCAGCGGUCUUGUGAGGCAUUCGGAGUGCUGCAGAACUUUUGCCGUCUUAGUUUGUCAAUGGCUGCUUACAAUGACUCCACAGCUCCUUCUUUCUCUCUGGACGUGUACCAUUUCUCUGAAGACCUGGGCUUCAUUUUACCAGAGCCUCUGCAAGAACUUCCACCUUACUACCAACCAUGGAUGGACAUUGCCCAGCGAGUCCCAGAGCUUGUUGAAGCACAUGAGUUGCGCUCCCAAAUUCAGAAGAUGCCUCAACUGAGCAUUCAGUACCUGCAGAGGCAUAGGGAGCUUCGACUCGCCCACCUAGCCCUCGGUGUCAUGACCAUGGGAUAUGUUUGGCAGGAGGGUGAGAGCGACACAGUCAAGAUGCUGCCACGCACUCUGGCCGUUCCAUACUGGGAGCUGUCCCAACGCUUAGGACUUCCUCCAAUUCUCACCCACGCUGACGCGGUGCUAGCGAACUGGCGCAAGAAGGAUCCAGAGGGGCCGUUAGAAAUAGAGAACUUGGAGCUGUUGCUCAGCAUUCCCGGCGGUGAAAAUGUGCGAGGGUUCUUCAUUGUCACGUUAAUGGUGGAGCUGGCAGCAAUUCCUGCUCUGAGGAGCAUUCCUAAAGUGGUCAACGGCGUCCGAUGUGGUGAUACCAACGCUGUGGCCAAAGCCUUGGGAGACAUCAGCCAGUCUAUACAGAGCAUGAUGGAUUGCCUCAAACAAAUGCAUGUGCACGUGGAUCCAUUAGUCUUCUAUGGCAUCAUGAGGAUCUUCCUAUCCGGAUGGAAAGGCAACCCAUGUAUGCCAAAAGGUCUGGUUUAUGAAGGUGUCCGGACGGAACCGAUGGAGUAUUCCGGAGGGAGUGCGGCACAGAGCAGCUUGUUACACUGCUUCGAUGAACUUCUGGGAGUUAAACACGAGACCAAAAGCGGCGCCUUUCUAACAACCAUGAGGAACUACAUGUUACCCGCUCACCGACAACUCAUCCGGGAUAUCUCGUUGCAACCCUCGCUGAGGACGUUUGUGCAACAACAUGCCAGCGAGCAGCUAAGCGAGGCCUUUCAGGAAUGCGUCAGCCAUUUGUUGGCUUUGCGCAGCUAUCACAUCACCGUGGUCACUCGCUUCAUCACCAUCCCCGCCGCUAAAGCCCGCCAGCGACGGAACCAGAUCGGGGAGGCAGAAGCGGAGGUGAUCGGCAAGGCCCCCGUCGCGCUGCAGGAACGGGGCACCGGCGGCACCGACAUCAUGAGCUUCUUAAAGACUGUGCGGAAUCAAACAAGAGACACCCUGCUGCCCGAAACAAGCAAAGCGAUGAAGCACAACAGCUGAUGCGGUGUCAGAGACGUCUCGUGAAAGCGGCGGUAAAUCACAAGUGAUAACUCAGCCCGCGAUUUUAGAUGUCAUUUAAAAGAUUACUUUUGGCCACGUACUAGCUUAUGCGCUUGGCGCGCUUCACGUUUUGUUGUGCCUGUCAACAAGCCUCCGCCGCGUAGCCAUGAGUGAUGCGCAUUAUUUCGUCCAAACCACAAUUCAAAACAUUGCUGUGACGCUCAUUUCAAUUCACCCACUAGAACUCCUCUCAUUUGAACUCGAAUCCCAAAAUGACAUUGUCUUGUCCGGAUCCGUGAAGAUGGAUCCCGGAAAACUUGUAACGAUAUGUUAUUACCGAAACCCAAACUUCUUGGGAAGUCAUUUAUAGAUUUACUUCAAAUAAAGUGAAGAACGACCAAA